AAAGAAGAAAGAGCCUGGUUUGCAGCAUUUAUCAUCGAGUCUAGUGUCAUCUUUUUGCUGAACGCUUUCACACUCGCCAUCUACACAAGAAACCGUCACUUACGCAAGCCCAGUACGUACCUGAUUAUAAAUCUGACUGUGGCUGAUUUACUGGUGGGAACAGUGCUUGUACCUUUAUUAUUUUUCGUACCAGAUAAACUGGAGAGGGACCUGGAACUUAAACAGGCUUUCAGCUGGCAAUCAUUCGUGCAUUUUACUUCGGUGUACUUAUUUCCAGUUGCUUCGUUAGCUAAUAUUUCAUUGAUUUCGUUAGAGAGGUUACACGCAACCCUUUUCCCCUUUAGGCAUUGUCUUAUUGGAAGGCGGGUUUACCUCACCACUAUUUUUUGUAGUUGGUUGUUCUCCUUGACUUUGUCAUCUGUGUUUUCUCUUCUUGAUUUGCGAGCAUCGCUGGCUACUUUUCCGUAUGUACGUGCAUCUUACAUUUUUCUCUCCCUUCUCAUUCUCACAGUUUCAUAUUUCAUAAUUAUCUCAACUGUCAAAAACAAUCCUCCCUCCCCUAAUGCUGGACCAGCGCUUUCACAAGAAAGGAAACUAACGGUGACCUUAUUUACAGUUACUGUGGUCUCUGUUCUAACCAUUCUUCCUCGGGUUAUUUGGAGUGUUAUCGCCCUUCACAUACAGAGUAAAUUAUGUCCCGCAGUCAUUUUUCGCAUCGAUAACUCGUUUAACGUAAUUUAUUUUUUCAAUUCUAUAGUCAAUCCCUUAAUAUAUGCGAUAAGAAUGCAAGAGUUUAGGAAAGCAGCCAGAAAACUUGUUUCUAAUAAGACAUCAGAACUAGCGCAAGUCCAAACAAUGGAACCUCUUACAUUG